AUGGUGCUGAGAUUUGCAUGUAAUGGUGCUUGGAGAAUCUUCCGAUCGAGUAGUAGUCCGGUUUGGCGAGGAACUGUUAGAAAUCUUAUAGUACCCGCUACGGGUGUACUUUCGCUUGCCUACCAUCAAAAUGCUCGAUAUCGACUACUGAAUGAGACUCUUAAACCGGAUCCCAGCGGUGAUACAUUCGAAAUGGGCCUGUAUAUAUCCUCCCAAAGAGAAAUUCAAGAAAAGAUCCUGCAGACACGAGCAAAGAGACUCAAGCGAUGCCGUAAUGUGAUGACGUUAUGUGCGAGAAAGCUUCUUUACUUUCUGAAGGACAAUGUUAUGGAACGGAUCUUCACCGUACUGCGGUUUCUAGAGAUUUCUGUGAUUUUUGUUCCUGUCUUUCUAGCGUACCCAAUAUCAUUCCUGGGAAAGCAUCGCUUGAUUCAGGAAGAUGAGACAACCGCCGAAACGAGCGGCUCGUUGCUGUGGUACACCAUAUUGCGCAAGGCGUUGGAAUGGGCAGGUCCCAGCUUUAUCAAACUCGGUCAGUGGGCGGGAUCUCGCACCGACAUGUUUCCUCGUGGCUUUUGCAACGAAUUGGGUAAGCUACACAGCAAUGCACGGGCGCAUUCGCUAGCAUACACUAAAGAGAAGAUCUGUCAGAGUUUAAACGAUCAAUAUGAAUUUGACGAAAUUUUUGAAGAAUUUAACGACAAACCUUUAGGUGUCGGCGCCAUCGCACAAGUCUACGUUGGGAAGCUCUCUGAGAGCUUUCUUGCUUCUCAGAAAAUCACCGAAUUUGACAGGGAUAACACCAAAAGCAGAUGGUGUGCGGUGAAGAUUAUACAUCCGAAUGCUGGCCGACAAGUUAACAGGGAUUUGAAGAUAAUGUCAUUUUUUGCCAACUUCAUCAAUAGAAUACCGACAAUGGAAUGGCUUUCAUUACCCUGCGAAGUGGAGAGUUUUAGCAUUAUGAUGCGAUUACAACUGGAUUUGCGGAUAGAAUGUCUGAAUUUGGAGAGGUUUAAUGAGAAUUUCAAGGACUCCAUUCAAAUUAAAUUUCCUGAAGGUUUACGUCAAUUAUCGACAAGGGACGUUCUUUUUGAGCAGUACAUACAUGGCUUUCCCAUGGAGAAGUUCUUGAGCAUCAAAGACCGCCUCCAUAACGUGGAGCUUUGCCAGCAGGUCAGCAAUCCCUUCAUUGAUGCGUUCCUGCAAAUGCUAAUUCUAGAUGACUUUGUUCAUGCCGAUUUGCAUCCGGGCAAUGUGAUGCUACGGUUUGUUAAGCUGAACAAGUACGGGACAAAGAUCGUCUCCAGCGAGGCAGAGGCCUUUCAAGUCGUGCACAGUCUCAAAAAGAAGAUGCGCGAGAAGGAUCCCACACUCAUCGAUGAGUUCAGAAAAGUGCUAGAGGAGUACACCCCGCAAAUCUGCUUCAUUGACGUCGGUCUCAUAACGGAACUUAACAAGAAAAAUCGUACUAACUUUAUCGCGCUAUUCAAUGCAUUGGCCCGGUUUGAUGGCUACCAAGCCGGUGAGUUAAUGAUCGAAAGAUCAAGAACCCCCGAGACUGCAAUAAACAAAGAGGCCUUCGCAUUGAAAGUACAAAAACUAGUUAACAACGUCAAAAAACGUACUUUUACCUUAGGUACCAUUUCCAUUGGGGAGCUGCUGGACCAGAUGCUUUCCAUGGUCCGCUCCCACCACGUCAGAAUGGAGGGCGAUUUUGUCUCCGUUGUUGUGGCGAUUUUGCUUCUAGAAGGCAUUGGAAGACAGCUCGAUCCCGAUCUAGAUCUCUUUGCAAGCUCUUUACCCAUACUGGGAGAAUUCGGUAUGCAGCGUGAAAACUUGAAACUACUGAACAGCGCCGAUGUGCUGUCAAUGCUCAAAGUCUGGAUAGGAUUAGAGAUCCGCUACUUGAUAAGCAGUUCGGCCAAGAACAUCGUCGAAUUGAUCAAGACUGAUCAACUAUGUCCAAAUUAUUAG